UGUCCUUCUCUACUCGGGGUUCUUUGUCUUCUCUCUGAUUUUCUUACGUUGAAGUCAUACCCUAAUGUAUGUGCUUUGCUUGGGAUAUUCUCUUUCAGCAUUUGAGAAGAUUUCUGCCUUGUAUUUCCCUUCAAUGAGAAAACACCAGCACAGGUAUAUACAGUAUAUGCCCAGCAGCCAAUAUGAGUGAAGUUCCUAGAGCAGCAGUAAACCCAAAAUGCAGUGCUGGUGAUAUUGACCAAGAUGCAAGUGACAGCCACCAUGACUUUCAGUAUUAUGAAAAGACAGCAGAUAAUGAAGGAGCCCCAAAGAGCAAUGAAGAAGCCAGAAAAAAUUCCAGUGACAAACCAUCAAAAGAAAUGGUUGGAUUUCUGGAUAUGGUGCGUUUUGCAGAUGCCUGGGAUAUUCUACUGAUGAUUACUGGACUCUUUUGUGCUGUUGCCAAUGGCACAGGAUUACCGCUUCUCAUUAUAGUAUUCGGUGAUAUGACAGACAGCUUUGUUCUGAGUGGCAUUAAUGUUACAAAUGUGUCUGGCUGUGGUUCAAUCCCAGGUAUAGAUUUGGAGGCUAAAAUGACAAGGUAUUCCUAUUACUAUAUCGGCCUUGGCAGUGCUGUGUUUGUACUAAGUCUUAUCCAGAUCUGGACAUUUUUAGUCUCUGCAACAAGACAGAUCAUGAGAAUACGACAGAUAUUUUUCAAAGCUGUCCUACAUCAAGAUAUGGCUUGGUUUGACUCAAACCAAGUUGGGACCCUAAAUACCAGGCUAACAGAUGACAUUAAUACUAUACAUGAAGGCUUGGGAGAUAAAAUGUGCAUCUUCGUACAGUUUUUAUCAUCCUUUGUGUCUGGCAUUGUGGUAGGAUUUGUGCAUGGUUGGAAGCUGACCCUCGUCAUCCUCUCUGUGAGUCCUCUGCUGGGGGCAUCUGCAGCUAUUUGGACAAAACUUGUUGCAUCUUUCACAACAAAGGAGUUACACGCCUAUGCAAAGGCUGGGGCAGUUGCAGAAGAGAUACUGACAGCAAUUCGAACAGUGAUUGCUUUUAAUGGACAGAAAAAAGCACAGGACAAGUAUGAUGCUAAUUUAAUUACUGCAAAGACAGUGGGAAUAAAAAAGGCAGUUACCACUAACGUUUCCAUGGGACUAUCACAGUUUCUCAUAUUUGGAGCAUACGCACUAGCAUUUUGGUAUGGUACAAAACUGACUGUAGAUGAGCCAGAGACUUACACCAUUGGUAAAGUACUAAUCGUCUUCUUUUCGGUUCUGGUUGGCACCUUCGCCCUGGGACAAGCAACACCAAACAUAGAAAGCCUAGCAAAUGCUCGAGGAGCCGCCUUUGCUGUAUAUAACAUUAUAAAUAAGCACCGUCCUAUAGACAGUAGUUCAGAAGAAGGACACAAACCCAACAGGCUGAAAGGGGAUAUAGAAUUCAAAAACAUUCACUUUGCCUACCCAUGCCGUCCUGAUGUACAAAUUCUCUCUGGGCUAAACCUGAAAGUGGAAGCUGGUAAAACCAUAGCUCUGGUUGGUAUGAGUGGUUGUGGUAAAAGUACUACUAUACAGUUACUCCAACGGUUCUAUGAUCCAUCACAUGGAGAGAUUACAUUGGAUGGACAUGAUAUCCGUACACUAAAUGUAAAGUGGCUGAGAGAAAAUAUUGGUGUAGUGAGUCAGGAGCCAGUGCUUUUUGGAACAACUAUUGCAGAAAAUAUACGUUUUGGGAGGGAAUCAGUAACAGACAGUGAGAUUGAACAGGCAGCAAAAGAAGCCAAUGCCUUUGAUUUUAUAUCAAGGCUUCCUGAUAAAUUUAAGACAAUGGUUGGAGAAAGAGGUGCUCAGUUGAGUGGGGGUCAGAAGCAGCGGAUAGCCAUUGCACGGGCCCUGGUACGGAACCCUAAAAUCCUACUUCUUGAUGAAGCAACAUCAGCCCUGGACACACAAAGUGAAGCUAUUGUACAAGCUGCCUUGGAUAAGGCCAGAGCUGGAAGGACCACAAUUGUGAUAGCUCAUCGACUGUCUACUAUUAGAACGGCUGAUGUUAUUGCUGGAUUUCACAAUGGAGUGGUAGUGGAGAAAGGAUCACAUAGUGAGCUUAUGACUAAGAAGGGCGUUUAUUAUUCUCUUGUUAUGCUUCAGAAACAAGGUGAAGACAGUGGUCCUGAAGACAAUGAACAGGAAGAACAUUCUUUCUUAGAGACAGAAGAGACGUACUUGAAUGAAGAUUGUCUUUCUCCAGAGGCCGAUCCAGCUCAUCAAGCAGUGGAAUGUACUGAUUUUUUUAGAAGAGAAAGUUUUCGUGGGCGAAAUGACACAGUAAAUAAUAAGAAAUCAACAUUGAGAAAAUCCAAAUCACUUGAAAACAUAAAAGAGGCUAAAGAAAUUCUUCCUGAAGUUUCUCUGAAUAGAAUUCUGCAGCUUAACAAACCGGAAUGGUUGUAUAUUGUCAUUGGUAUUAUAGCUGCAGCCAUUUCUGGAGGAAUAUACCCAACAUUUGCUGUUAUCUUUGGAAAAGUUAUUGGGGCAGGUGUCCAUUAUUCAUUCAUUCAUAUGAUCCAUGAAUUCUUAUUCAUUCUGAUUAAAUCUGGCAGUCAACAAAGAUUUUACUCAGAUGUAUUGCUGACAUUUGGCCUUGCAUGUUAUUUCAUCAGCAAUGCAGGGAAUUACGAAUAUGUGUUUUUUUUUUAUCUUAUACGUUGUCUGUUACAGGCAUUUCAAGAGCAAGAUCCUGUUAAGAAAAGCCAGAGAACUGCUUUAUUGUCUCUCAUGUUUUUCGUUCUUGGACUAAUUAGCUUUGCCGUCCACAUUACUAUGGGGUUCAUGUUUGGAAAAUCAGGAGAAAACCUAACAAUGAGGUUGCGGUCGCUGUCAUUCAAAGCAUUGCUCGGUCAGGAAAUAGGAUUCUUUGAUGACCAUCGCAAUGCCGUUGGAGUUCUGCUCACAAGGCUUGCAACAGAUGCAUCGCAAAUCAAAGGGGCUGCUGGAAGCCAGCUGGGAUUGAUCACCAUGACAGUGUGUACUCUCCUUGCUGCAAUCCUGAUUGCUUUUAUCCAUGGCUGGCAGCUAACACUGCUUAUUUUGGCCUGUAUUCCAUUUUUGAUUGGUACAAAUAUCAUUAGAAUGACCUCUGUGGCAGGUCAUGCAUCAAAGGAUCAAAAGGCUCUAGAGGAAGCCGGAAGGAUAUCAACAGAAGCUGUUGAAAAUAUCAGGACAGUGGUAUCAUUAACAAAAGAAGAGGUCUUUUAUGAGAAAUAUAAUGCAAGCUUGAAUGGGCCAUACAGGGUGGCUCUUGGGAAGGCACGGAUGUAUGGAGUUACUUAUGCAAUAGCUCAAUGCAUCAAUUAUUUUGUGAAUGCUGCUGUGUUUAGAUUUGGAGCCUGGCUUAUUGCUAAUUGCUACAUGGAGUUUGAAAGUGUUUUCGUAGUUUUCUCGGCCAUCGUAUUUGCAGCAAUGAGUGUUGGUCAGUCAAACUCUUUUGCACCAGAUUUUGGAAAAGCCAAGUCAUCUGCUCAGCGCAUGUUUCUUCUUUUGGAUAGAAAACCAGCUAUUGACAGUUACAGUAAUGAAGGCGAAACCCUGAAUGAAUUUGAAGGAAACCUUGAGUUCAAAAAUGUAAAAUUUGUGUACCCAACAAGACCAAAUGUUCAAGUUCUUCAGGGACUCAAUGUCAAAGUUUUAAAAGGACAGACCCUUGCACUGGUGGGAAGCAGCGGCUGUGGGAAAAGCACCCUGAUUCAGUUACUUGAAAGAUUUUAUGACCCUAUGGAAGGAAAUGUGCUUGCAGAUGGUGUAGAUACCAAGUCUCUCAAUAUACAAUGGCUAAGGUCUCAGCUAGGCCUUGUAUCCCAAGAACCAAUCCUUUUUGACUGCAGCAUUGGGGAAAAUAUUCGGUAUGGAGACAACAACAGGGUUGUUACCCAGGAUGAGGUGGCUGAAGCAGCAAAAACUGCCAAUAUUCAUACAUUUGUUGAGAGCUUACCUCAGGGGUAUGACACACGUGUUGGAGAUAAAGGAGCCCAACUCUCUGGAGGGCAGAAACAAAGAAUUGCUAUUGCCCGUGCUCUUGUAAGAAAGCCAAAGGUGUUACUGCUGGAUGAAGCUACCUCUGCACUCGACACAGAAAGUGAAAAGGUUGUGCAAAAGGCUUUGGAUGAUGCAAGAAAAGGCCGAACCUGCAUAGUAAUCGCCCAUCGUCUCACAACUGUGCAGAAUGCAGACGUCAUUGCUGUAAUACAGAAUGGAGAGGUGGUGGAACAAGGGACUCAUAACCAGUUACUGGCAAAGCAAGGAGCUUAUUAUGCACUUAUCAAUUCACAAGUAGCAAACUGUUAACAAAAUAUUACUUAAACGAUUAUUACAUUGACCUCAAAUCCAGGUGAAAUGCUAUUUAAUGAUCUUAUACACUGUCAGACAAAAAACAUCUCAUUCCCUGCUUACUGUGGUUUAUCAAGUACCUGGCAUUCAUGUAGUUUGUUCUGAUCUGAUGUCAUUAAACCUUUGAAAACAUGAUGGGUUAUGAAGUAAAAGGUGCAACAUGUGUUCCACAUUUAAUGAUCCAACAGGCGAUUGCUUUCCUAAUUUCUUCUGCAGGAGACUAUUGACGCUUACCUGCUGGCUGUGUGACAGGUGUAUGUCUAACUAGAUCUGGAGUAAAUCUAUGCCAACAGUCCCUCAGGGGCUCAGUACAAGAAAGGCAAUUGCUUCCUCACAUUCUGUAGUAUUAAAUAUUGCUUUGACACUCAAGUCUGUCUUGGACAUGAGUCUGGAAUUUCA